UGUGCUGAGCAGUGUCUGGAGACAGAGACCUUGCCUAUAAAAUAAUCCCGACAUUUAGUUUAAUGAGCCUGCUACUCUUUAUUAAACUGCCUUUAUUGAAAGCAACUCUUUUAGUUUCAUCCACCCUAUGAUGGUUUAAAAUCGAGCUGUUCCUUCUUUUAAUUUUUUUCUUGUUUUGUUUUAAAAUCAAUUGGGAUUUAUAUAUUUAAAGGGCACACAUAGCAGUUUUGUCCCUGGCCUUCCCAAAGAUGUAGGAUAUUUUUUCAUGGAUAAUCUUGAAGAGGAUGAUUGAUCACCUUAAACCGUAGCAACGGGAGGGGUGUGAUGUUCUUCUGGCGACCACAUCAGUAUGAUCUUGCCAAGGAUGUACCUGGGUAUCUGUCAGGUUGAGCUCCUCCAAGAGGCCAAGGGUUGGAGCAGUUUCAGAAGAUGUCCCUGCUGAUCUCCAGCAUUAACUACAACAUAACCAACAUGACAGCUUCCUUCCUCAGCAUGGCCCCUGGAACGGAGCACUUCAAUGUCACAGACAGGGUGACAUUUCAGACUGUCACCAUGGUGACUAAUGGUACCAACACAACUGCCGCUCUACCGCCUAAUGUAGAAACUGGGAGAUCAAGAAUGGGGCUGGUGCUCGUUCCCAUUGGAGUUGUCACAAUUAUAGCAUUAACUGUGGCCAUGGUUCUAUACAUCAGGAAAAGAAAGAGGCUUGAGAAGCUACGUCAUCAACUGAUGCCCAUGUAUAACUUUGACCCUGCUGAGGAGCAGGACGAGCUGGAACAGGAGCUACUCGACCACGGUCGAGACGCAGCGGCACAGGGAUUACAGAGCAAGAUCUUGAUGCCAAGUCAAGGAUUGUUGCAGAGGCCCAGCAGACUGGUGUUCACAGAUGUAGCUAAUGCCAUUAAUGCCUGAACAAUACUUAAGCUCCGAUGCUGAUGGACAACACCCCAGUGGUCACGUGUGCGCCUCCAGUUAUGUGUGCAUUCCUACGGAUGCCUGCUUUGUCUCCCCUUUUCUGGAUAUCGAAACCUGGCCACUCGGGGGUAAUUUUGUGCACUUAAAUUUCAAGAGAGGGUUUUUUGAAGGCAAGUGGGCACAUUGUACUGGUUCCAGCGAGGACGAGAUGGGCUGCACUCCUCCGCUUAGUAUCUCAUUUCAUCCACCUUGGAUCAUUAGCUGGCAUGCUUGUCUCCCACCACCCCUCCCUCCCUGCACUCCGGUUGCGACAAUCCCUAAACCAGAGGUUUCCAAACUGGGGUCCACGGAUCCCUCUGUUAAUGGUAAGGCUCCCCGGUAUAAAAAAAGGUUGGGAACCUUUGCCCUGGACCUACCCUGACCAGUAGAUGGUUGACAGGAGCAGCAAACUAUCCAGCUCUGGCACAACCAUCAGAGUAAAAGUCAAAGUCAGGUUUAUUGUCAUGUAUAUGCACAGGUGGAAUGAGAAACGUACUUGCAUCAGCAUCGUAGAUACAGAACUAGAGAUUCAACAUUUACAAAAAAAAAUUAUAUGUAAAUGAUGCAAGAAAGAACACACUUAGGACAUUGUAGUGCAAAGUGGUCGUAGUGUUGCUAUACUGAGGAAGUGAUUAAGGUUGUGCAGAUUGGUUCAAGAAAUGGAAGAUUGAUUCACUCUAUCACUACUAUGGCUAAUGCAAGCCUGCAUAACUGCUCCGAUCAUUGUCUGAUACAGCACAAGUUCAGGCCUUCCAGCCCAACUUGUCCAUGCUGAGCCAGGUGCCCAUCUAAGCUAGUCCUGCUUCCCCAUGUUUGACCGCUAUCCCUCUUUCCCUAACACCAGAUGAUUAGAAACACAGCAGCAUCUUCCAGCCAGCACAAAAGCAGCACAGGCUGCUGUUUCAUUCGUCUUCUCUCUUCCCUUCAAUUGCCCAUGUCCUUUCUAUCUCAAAUCACUCCCUCUACUGCCAAUUACAACACAACUACACCCAAGUCGAGAGAACAGCACCAUGCCAAUUGGCACACAUUUCACCAGGACCCAUCCAAUCCAGUUCUGAGCAAAGAUGUUUGAACAGCCCAUACACAAGAAUUCUGUGAAUAGGGGAGAGAUGUAGCCAGAAUCCUUCCCAAAUGUAUUUCGUCAAAUUCUUUUAGGGGGCGGCAUGGUAGCAGUGGUUUCGAUUCUGUCUGUUUGUAUGUUCGUGAGGGUAUCCUCCAAGUUCUCCAGUUCCCUCCCACAUUCCAAAAAUGUAUGGGUCUGUAGAUUAAUUGGUCACAUGAGUGUGGUUGGACAGUUUGGGGCCAUUGGGCUGGAAGGGCCUGUUACCAUGCUGUAUCUCUAAUAAUAAUCAAAAAAAUAUAAGAUUAAAACUCCUGCUUUCCUCUAUUGGGGAAAAAUAUUUAAUCUUUAUUUGUCAUUUUAUUUCCAAUAACUAGUUUUAUUGGGAAUUAUUAUCAGUGAUGUGCAUAGUUCACUGGCUGCAUAUAUAUUGUGGGCAUAUUGCAAUAGGACUCCUGCCUCUGGUCAGAGGUUCAUGAGUUCAAGGCCUAAUGUAGCAGCUUGAGUGUUAGAACCCAGGCUGACGUGCUGGGGAGUGCAGAACAGUCAGGGUGCGUGAGACUUUAAAGCAAGACUCCAUCCACACAUGACAACAAAUUAUCCCCAGUCCUGGGCUAUAUUUAUUUACGUUUAUUCCUCAUUUGUUAAACUAGACAGUCUGCUGAUUAUCACAUUGCUGCUUGUUAGAGCUCAGUGUGUGUAACAUGGUGAACGCAUUUCCCAAAUUGCAGCAGCGACUGUACUUCAGUUGGGACGUGUUGAAAUCAUAAAAGGCGCUACAUAAAUGCAUAAUGCAAUAGAAUUUGAUGAAAUCAAUUCAAGACAUUGAGAAGUAAUUUUAGACAAUCUAACAAGAACAUCAAUUCCCAAGAUCUAUCUUGCACUGUUAUACCACUUGCCUUUUUAAAUUUGCUAAUCUUGCUGAAUGUUAAGGUUGCUGGAAGGGGCAGGAUUUACUCUCCAUCCCUAAAUGCCCUUAACAAGAUGGUGGUGAGCCACCUCUCCACCCAUCGCAGCUCCUGUACUUUGUUAGUUACAGUUAACGCAGUUGCCGCAUACAAAUUGGCCGCAGUUUUUCCCAUGAGGACCAAGGCUGAGAGCUGGUGGCUUGUUCAACCCUUGAUGACUGCUGGCUCCCAAGCUGGCUGACACAGUUGCCCCAUAACCUGUCAGCUCACUUCCUUCAGGGCCUCUGUUGGUAUCUCACUGGCCCAAUCUCCAGCUGGAAAUUACUGGUGACUCAUCAAACCAGGGUUGAAGUUCCAAAACCGGGAGAGAUCCACAAACAUCAACAUUGAGCCUCAAGGACCACUCACUGGUGGUUAGUGCUAGCCUUUGAUGGUCAGCAGAAGCAGCCAGAAGACCCAUGGCCAAGGACUUACUUUUGACUCUACAACUUCAUCCAUGUUCUGGUCUCCUCUUCCCAGAUGCAAAGCCCUAUAGGAAAAACCUGUGCUGGCCAGGGGUGGAGGGUGUUUCAGAAGGUGGGCUGGCGGAGGAGGUGGGGGAGGCAGCAGAUGACAAAUGGACGAAUGUGUGACAAUGCUGAGGAGAUGCUGCAACACUCUCUAUAUGCCCCCUUACAAACUGGGCUGUCUGUACUUCUCCAUGUUGUGUCACAGCCCUGAGGGAGAUCACUGUGUUAUUGCAGCAAAACACAGCCCAAGUAUCCACAGGGACAAAGUGGUACACGGUUUAGACUUGCAUAUCUCGGCUUUGUUCUUGUAAAUCCUCUUUACUCAUUUACCUUCGGUACAUUUAAGUCUGUGUAUCUUCCAAUAUUAAAUAAAUCUAAGGUUAAUCUUG